AUGGCGGUCAUACCAAAGAUGCCGAUCAUGGCGCCACCGACAUCGAAUGGAAAACCACCGCCGAAUUUCCCGAAUACCAAGGGCGAGUUCGAGCACCUUACAAGAGAGCGCUAUGAAGCAAUCUUGAAGGCAUAUGGGCAGUCUGUCAAGGGAGAUACAGAGGCGAAGAAGCAGGCGCUUAGGGUGUUUAUUGGGCUACCAGCCUAA